AUGUUCGAAAGAAGUGAUAAACCAAGGACAGGUAGGGAUAACCAAGUGUACUCAGCCAAGACUGGUGCUAGGAUCGUGGCAGGCUGUGUUUGUCUGACCACCGAUAGAAAACAAGUGCUGAUGGUCUCAUCGUCAAAACAUAAAAAGAAAUGGAUCCUACCUAAAGGUGGUGUGGAAAGUGAUGAAGCUGACUAUAGAACUACAGCUCAAAGAGAGACUUGGGAGGAAGCCGGUUGUUUAGGUAGAAUUACAGCAGAUUUAGGUGUUGUGGAAGAUAUGAGACCCCCCAAGGAAUGGAAUAAGGAUAGAAAAUCGUUCGAGAAUGCAAAGGAUGAUAUUAUUAACCAUCCGCCAAGGACAGAGUUCCAUUUUUUUGAGCUAAAUAUUGAAGAAAUGGUGGAAUUGUUUCCUGAAAGUGCAAAGAGGAAUAGAAAAUUCUUCUCGUAUGAUGAGGCAAAGGAGAAUUUGAUCGUUGCCAAGAGACCUGAAUUGCUAGAGGCACUAAAUAGAUCAAGUAUCGUCAAGGAAUAG